GGGGGGGGGGGGGGGGGGUCUCUGAUCCAUUAAUCUGAGUGAAAUGAGGAGAUAAAAUCAGCACAUCAAAGGAAAGGCCUUGAUUCAGGCGUGACUGCUACACCAUAAAUACUAAGAUCAUAAAGCAAAUAUUUACUGAAAAUAACUUUAAGACUGAAGACAAACUUGUUUUUGAAGUUUCUGGAUCAUUUGUUGCUCUGUUGCUCCUCCUUUUGCGAGGAGAAAGAGGAGGUGGGAUUUGAGGGAGGAGGCCCGGCCAUUUGGUGUGAGGCUGAAUAAACACGGAGGUGCUGCAGCUCUGUGAAGGUGAGGCCCCCCCAUGCUGAUCCUGUUUGUGUGUUUGGGUCGGUUUUGUUUUAAGUCCGAGGUGCUAAACGCCUUCCCCCUGAGAUAAAGAUGACGAAAGCCUUUGAACGAGCGAGUCCUCGUGGCUCCAGGAUACUUAAGCUCCUCAUUAGUGGGAGCUCAGGUCCUCUGGAGACGCCGGCCGGGGUUCUUCUGGAGCAGAAAGGGAGACGCUGGGACGCAUCCUUUGAAGUGCUGGCGGCCUCUGAGGCUUUCAGCAUGGAAAUGUGAUUAGCUUGGCUUUGGGUGACGUUUGGGGCAAAAGCUGCGUGCUAUAUAAGCUUUGGGGCAUCAGUCAGCAGAGGCGUAGUCCGGAGCAGGCAGCAGGAGAAGCCUUCAGCCAAAAGUCAUGGAUGCACCUCAACAUCUCCUCCUCCUCCUGACCUUGAGCGGCGUGCUGAGCAGACCCAGCGACCACAGAAACCUCUUCACGCAGCGAGCGUGCUGCAGGAGGCAGAGCCAUGUUGUGUUCAUCGGACAAGACAUCUCCGGGGGUCCUGUCAGCGUGGAUGUCGGCCUGUGCAGGUCUCACUGCGGAGCAGCGGGAGGAUCUUCACAAGCACGAGGCCUGCAGGAGCAGUCCUGGUCCAUCCUGGACUUCCUGAGGAGCAAGAAGAGGAGGGCGCGUGGCCCCCCUCCCCCGGAGAGCACGCCGCCGCACAACCAGCUGCCCUCCUGCGGGAUGAGCCAGGUGUGCGCGCCGGCAGGCGUGCGCGUGGAGCGCGUGCUCCUGUUCGAGGGGCCGCGGGAGGUGGAGGUCAUCCAGGAGUGCCACUGCGAGGUCCGGCUCAGCCAGUGCAUGCGCGUGCCCGCGCUCAAGACCUACUACUCUGAGACCCCCCACGAGGCUGUUCUGGACGUGGGGGGGUGCUCUCGCUCCAAGGGCUCCCCAGAGGGCUUCUCCUGCCUCCCCACCAGGUUUGACUCGGUUUUGGUGGAAACCCCCAACAGGGUGGAGCAGGUCCAGACUGUGGUGGACUGUGAGCUGAAGGAGACCUGCUACAGGGUCCCCCAUGUGGAAUAUUAUUACGAAAUAGUCCACCAUGAGAACGGAGUCAAAGAGGAGAAGCUGAGAGUGAGUGAAAACGUUCCCAAACACAGCCGCUCCGCCUCAUCCGCCUCCAAACGGAGCUUCAUGAAUUAUUCCUGCUGGAUCAGAAGAUCUGACCCCAGAGGAACGGCACCCACUUCACACCCCUUUGUGAUCCAGCAGACAGGAAGGGGCUUUUCAGCCGGGUGUCAGACUGCAAUGGGGGGGUUAUUCAUCAGACAGCACGUCGUCUUCCUCCUGAUGACAUCCUGGCUGUGAAAAGCCGGAUCUGAUCGCUCCUGAACCGAACCUUCAGGCCGUUUAGUGGAAAAAAAACAGAUUUUUGUUUUUCUGCUUUCAGACACAAAUCCGUCAGUUUUCAUUAGACUGAAGGAGCAAAGCAGGCCUGGACUGAGCCAGCGCCACUAGAGGGUGCAGGGAGACUAUUUGGGGGGUUCAAGUCUGGGUAUGCUGAGAGUUUGGGGUGUCCCCCCCCCCCCC